UUCCUUUUCCGCGGAUGAUUUAAGAGCAGCGCGAAAAGUCCGUGGUAGGACUGGGACUGUUGCGCGGGGCUGCAUGGCUGGUUCUGGGACGCUGAGCGCUUUCCGUCUCCCGCCGUUGCCCACGAUUCGAGAAAUCAUUAAGUUAUUCAGGCUGCAAGCAGCGAAGCAGCUAUCCCAGAAUUUUCUCCUGGACUUGAGGCUGACAGAUAAAAUUGUAAGGAAAGCUGGGAAUCUGACAGAUGCUUACGUGUAUGAAGUGGGCCCUGGGCCAGGGGGAAUCACAAGAUCCAUUCUUAAUGCCAAUGUUGCUGAACUUUUGGUGGUUGAAAAGGAUAGUCGAUUUAUUCCUGGAUUACAGAUGCUUUCUGAUGCAGCGCCCGGAAAACUGAGAAUUGUCCACGGAGAUGUGUUGACAUUUAAGAUUGAAAGGGCUUUUCCAGAAAGUCUUAAAAGAAAGUGGGAGGAUGAUCCUCCAAAUGUACACAUUAUUGGAAAUCUGCCUUUUAAUGUAUCAACUCCGCUGAUUAUCAAGUGGCUUGAAAAUGUUUCUUGUAGAGAUGGACCUUUCAUUUAUGGCAGAACCCAGAUGAUGUUGACUUUUCAAAAGGAAGUGGCAGAGAGAUUGACAGCCAAUACAGGAAGCAAACAGCGUAGUCGCCUUUCUGUUAUGGCGCAGUACCUCUGCAGUGUUCAGCACAUCUUGACAAUUCCGGGCCAGGCUUUUGUCCCUAAACCAGAGGUGGACGUGGGCGUGGUGCACUUCACCCCCCUGGUGCGGCCCAGGAUCGAGCAGCCCUUCAAGCUGGUGGAGAAGGUCAUUCAGAAUGCAUUUCAGUUCCGGAGGAAGUACUGCUACCGAGGGCUUGGAAUGUUAUUCCCUGAGGUUGAGCGCAUGGAAAGCACUGGAAAACUGUUAGAGUUGGCAGAUGUGGACCCUACCCUUCGACCCACCCAGCUCUCGGUUUCACAUUUUAAGAGCCUGUGUGACGUUUACCGGAAAAUGUGUGAUGAAGACCCACUCCUCUUUGCUUAUAAUUUCAGAGAAGAACUCAAACAAAAUAAAAGCAAAAAUCAGGAAAAAGAGGAUGACAAGGAGAAACACAGACUCUAACAGCAAACCAGAUGUUGCUUUCCACAGUGUUGAGCUGCUCAGGCGUGUACUCUGUUGUCUUCUACAGAAGGACAAUAAAAAUGGGAUCACCAGAUGUGACUUCCUUCCCUUUUACUGUACAGCUUGGUAGAGAAAAUAAAUAUAAUCAAAUAAGAUACAGUACAAGCUCUCUUUUAAUAUAUAUACUGCAUAGAUGUGACAUGUUCAGUAUAAACAGCAUCUGUUACAACCUUACAAAAAUGAAAUAUCUGCACAUUGUGCUCUCACCCCCAUUUAAAUAAAUAUGCUUUAAAUAAAGCAAAAACUAACAGCUCAAAGGAAAUGCCCGGAGGAUUGGAAAAAAACAAUGACCUUUUAAAAACUAUUAAUCACAACUCCUCCACCUGACUUUUUCCACAUAAAUUAAAAUAGAUUGCAAUUUUAAGGAUCCUAAGUCAUUUUGAUACCUGCUCAAAAGGGAUAUAAACUAAGUAAUUUACAGAUUCUGGUCAGUUUUAUCUAGUUUUCUGAUCUACAAUAAAUUAAAAUAACUUAAAUCUUUACAACUAUUUUGUGGGAAAAUGUACGCUGCACAAAACCCAAUAAUGAGUGGUUUUCUUGCAGCUUCCACUUGGCCACCAGUUUAAAAGUGAAAAGCCGCGGAGCCCACGUCUGGCCGGAGGCCGGACUACAACUGCCCGGGGCCCUCUGUUUCAUAAAAACACUCCUCGUUGACCGCCGAGGUUAAACUCUGGACACUGAACUCCCGCUGCAGAACAGAACCGAGAUCAAGGUUGGCAUUUUCAGACUGACUGUCGAGGGACUGAUGACGAAUCUGUGCCUUCAGCAAAGCUCCCCUGUCCCGUUUGGUGCUGUUGGCUUUCCGUUUAAUGGCGCAGAAGUGCCCCCGCACCAGCUUGGGCUGCUCUCCCUUGGGCCGGCCCUCCGUGCCGGGCUGGUCGGCUGGCUUGGCAUCCGGGCCGUCGGAGAUCCGAAGUCUCUGGAACUGAAUUUCAAUGUCUUUGGUAGGGCUGCCCUGCUGGAGAGUCUGAUGGUAGUCGUCCUCGUCGUCGCUCAGAAUGUCACUCUCUUUGAUGAGACUGUCCGACAGAUCAGCCAGGCCCGGCUGGGGCUGCUGCCGGGAGUCCUGCCCGCUCCCCCCGGGGGGGCACCCGCUGCUCUGCGUGCCGCUGCUCAGGCUGCCCUCGUCGGAGUCCAGCGAGCUGCUGCCCUUGCCGGGCUCGCCGGGCUCGCCGGGCCACUCGCUGCUGGAGGAGUUCUUGAGGACUUUUAAGGACCUGGAGGAGGCUGCAACGAGAGAAGGGCAUUUCCCCUCGUGAUCGAGAAACGGACUCUGCAGUGCCUAAUACUUGCAAUGUACACUAUAAGAUGUAUCACCUUAAUUACUUAAGAUUUCAUCGUCAUCUCACUUCUGUUACCAGUAUCCUGGGACUUGGGCGG